GCCGCCAAUCGCGUCGCGGGGCGGGGCCGGAGCCGUCGGAUACCUUCGAGCUCCGGAGGCGGCUCGGGACAGAGCGGGACCAUGGGGCCGGGGCGGGUGGGGGGCCUGGAGCUGGGCCUGGGGCUGGGCCUGGGGCUGGGCCUGCUGCUGCUGGGGGUCCUGGGCGGAGCAGCGAGCGGGCCCCACUCCCUGCGCUAUUUCUACACUGGGGUGUCGGACCCGGGCCCGGGGCUGCCGCAGUUUGUGACCGUGGGGUACGUGGACGGGGAGGUCUUCGUGUACUACGACAGCGAGACCCAGAGGAAGGAGCCCCGGGUGGACUGGAUUGCGGCCAACACGGAUCAGCAGUACUGGGACAGGGAGACUGAGAUCUCACGGAGUAAUGAGCAGAUUUUCCGCGUGGACCUGGACAUGCUGCGGGAGCGCUACAACCAGAGCAGGGGGUCUCACACAGUGCAGCGCAUGUUUGGCUGUGACCUCCUUGAGGAUGGUAGUAUUAGGGGGUUUGACCAGUAUGGCUAUGAAGGAAGAGACUUCAUUGCCUUGGACAAGGACACGCUGACGUUCACUGCAGCGGACGCUGGGGCACAAGUCACCAAGAGGAAGUGGGAGGAGGAAGGGAUUUAUGCUGGGCAGAUGAAGCAGUACCUGGAGAACACCUGCAUUGAGUGGCUGAGGAAAUAUGUGAGCUAUGGGAAGGACAUGCUGGAGAGGAGAGAACGUCCCGAGGUCCGAGUGUCGGGGAUGGAGGCCAACAAGAUCCUGACCUUGUCCUGCCGCGCUCACGGCUUCUACCCACGGCCCAUCUCCAUCAGCUGGCUGAAGGACGGCGUGGUCCAGGAGCAGGAGACCCAGAGGGGGAGCACCGUGCCCAACAGUGACGGCACCUACCAUAUCUGGGCCACCAUUGAUGCCCUGCCGGGGGACAGCGACAAGUACCAGUGCCGCGUGGAGCACGCCAGCCUGCCCCAGGCUGGCCUCUUCUCGUGGGAGCCACAGUCCAACCUGAUCCCCAUCGUGGCGGGGGUGGCUGUCGCUGUCGUGGCUGUCAUUGCUCUCCUGGCCGGAUUCGCUGUCUGGAAGAGCAAGCAGGGGAGGAAGGAGAAGGGCUACAACGUGGCACCAGGCAGUGACGGGGUAUCCAACAGCUCGAAUGCAGGGAGCAACCCCAGUGUCUAACUGCUCUCCUUCAUCCUGCGAGGGACCAGCUGGCCCCAUGUGCACUUUGUGCUGCAGCUCGAUGUGGCCCCAUUCCCCCAACCUCUCGCAUCUCCUAUCUGCUACCACAAGAGCAAUGCCACAGCAUAAUUGCAUCUGCACGCCUUCAAACAAAAUAAACAGCCCAAUGAUUUGGUGCUUUGCCACAAA